CCUUUGUUGCCGAUGUGACGUGGAUCCCCGAGGGUCUUCGACAACAUAAUCAUCAUCAGCACUGCAACAGCACGGAUGUCGUUCACCCAAGAAGUGGAUCCUUCACCGUUAUGACAAUUAAGACAGAAAGAAAUGUUACUUUUUGCCGCGACAGCGACACUAGUUUUUAAUCGCAUUACGUUACCUGUGUUAAAGGUUCACUUCCGAACGAAUGAAAAAACCUUACCGAAAACAUACAGUUAAUUCGACGACUGCUUUUCUGAUCAGAUGGUCGCUACUAGUGGCUAACGUUAGCUGGCAUUGUUGAGGUCCAUAGAAGUAAAGCUAACGUCCGCUAGCUACUGACUAGUCCAGUAAGCCCGGUUGACAGCUAGCCAGCUUCGAGGAGGCUUGCCAAGUUACAUUGCUGCCUUAUGUUAUUACAGCCGUUAGUGGCAUUCAUUCUCACUGACGAAGUCUACUCGUGGAUGCCUUCCUUUAACCUCAAACUACGAAGCCCAAACGGACCCAGUACAGCAACUGUCUUUGAAGCACUGAAUCGAUGGGUGUCUUUUAGUCGUUCACUGUGUUGGUGGUAUAAAAUAGUGGAGAGUACGCUAGCUAGCUAAUGUUAGCUGGCCGGUUAGCCAUUUUAGCUAGUGAAAGGAAGAGUGGCUAGGUCGCUAGCCUGGGGGACAGACGUACUUGCUGGGUAGGAGUGGAGGGAGCAGUGAGAAAAUCGACUUCGGACAGAGAAAUUGCUGUGUGAUGGCAAACGAGACAAUCAUUCUCAACGUGUAUGACAUGUAUUGGAUCAAUGAAUACACAGCCAAUCUGGGAAUCGGCGUCUUUCACUCAGGGAUUGAGAUCUACGGCAGAGAGUUUGCCUAUGGAGGCCAUCCGUACCCAUUCUCAGGGAUUUUUGAGAUCACGCCGGGCGACGCCACAGAACUGGGAGAGACCUUUAAGUUCAAAGAGUCGAUCAUUCUGGGCAGUACAGACUUUACGGAGGAGGAUGUUGAGCGGAUAGUGGAGGAGCUCGGGAAGGAGUACAAGGGCAACGCUUACCACCUCAUGCACAAGAACUGCAACCACUUCUCCUCAGCGCUGUCUGAGAUCCUGUGUGGCCGGGAGGUCCCCCGCUGGGUGAACCGGCUGGCCUACUUCAGCUCCUGCGUACCCUUCCUCCAGAGCUGCCUGCCCAAAGAGUGGCUGACCCCGGCCGCCCUGCAGUCCAGCAUCAGCCAGGAGCUCCAGGGAGAGCUUGAGGAGGCAGAGGAUGCUGCCGCCACCGCCUCCACGCCUACCUCGGCCGCCGCCGUGGCGCCUUUCCCCCGACCCGGCCGAUACCAGCCACGACGGUAGGCCACGCCCAGCGUGCGCCCGGAACCCACCAAACCCCGCCUCUAGCCACACCCAAACUUCACUCGGUCACCCCGCCCCUUGGCCUGCUCGCCUUGACGGACAGGGCCGUCUUCCAGUGGGAGCCGCCCUGGGAAAAACACUCGGGCCAAUCGUCUGGCCAAACCAGCUGGAACUGCUCAGAGAAGCCACAGCACCCCCUGGUGGUAAGGGAUCCAUCCGUAGGCUCAGUAUGAGGAGGAGCCAGGGACCAGGGACUGGCUGCAGGGACUAUGGACCUGAUUUCCUGUGUUUGUUAUAUUUUUGUUUUGUUUUGUUCUGCUUGUUCAUUGAACACUCGUUGUCAGAGAGACAAUGAUGAUGAUGAUCAGACAUAUGAUGUCAAAUUUAUGUUUCUUUUAUGGCCUUCUUUUUUACACACUCAGGACUCUUUGGUGCUGAAGAGAAAGACAGACUUCAAAACUGUUCUGAGUUUUCCAACACGACACUCCUUUAGUCUGAAAUUAUGUUGACUUUCCUCUUUGGUUUUGUGUUCCAUUUGGAGGGGUGGGCUCUUGAGAUUGUGUUAUUUAGGUUGCACCUGGUCCUUGCAAUUUUGACAACUCUGGAAUGAGCUUUUUUGUUUACAAACUCUGUGUGUGUGUGUGUGUGUGUGUUUGUGUGUAUGUAGUGUGUGUUACGCUGACAUUAAGCCACCUGGGGCAAACCACCUUUUUUGUUAAAACAAAACACACACACACACACACACACACACAUUCACACAAGCAGCUGAUGUAUCCCCACUUUUGUGGUUGUGCCUCAAACUUUUUACCAUUGGCCCGUCACAGCUGGAGCUCUGUUUUCUUCUCUCUUUAUACCUUUCUGCAUCGCCACGCUCCGGCUGACGGGCUCGGUCUUACCCUGCAAAAACGUCAGAUGUUUUACACUGCUAGCUUUCUAGUCUUAUAACUUCGAGACGAUAUUUGUAUCCCGUUUUAAAAUUAUUAAAAAGAAGAAGAUAUUGAAAAUAUAA